GUAGUAUUUUAUACCGUAUUAUACAGUACGAUACGACGACCCAUCCCGGCCGAGGCGAUCGAGGCGCCGCCGGCUGCAUCCCGUCCGCCGGGCGCCGCCCUCAACCAAGAUCUGACUGGCUUUCCCCUUCCGAUCAAUGGAGAAGAGGGCGAUGGUGGGGGCGGCCGGCCUGUUCACCGACGACCUCAUCCUGGAGAUCCUCUCCCGCCUCCCCGCCAGAUCCCUCCACCGCUUCAAGUGCGUCUCCGUGCCCUGGCGCGACCUCAUCUCCGACCCCGCCAACCGCAAGAAGCUCCCCCAAACCCUCGCCGGCUUCCUCUACAUGUCCAUCAGCACCAAUCGGAUCCACCACCACUUCGCCAGCGUCUCCGGCGCCGCGGCCCUGUUCGACCCGUCCCUCCCUUACCUGCACCCAAACAAGGACGAGCGCAUCACCCAGGUGGACGCCUGCAAUGGCCUCAUUCUCUACCGCGGCAGCAACAAGAGUUGGGAUGAUUUCCGUUUUGUAGUCUGCGAUCCGGCCACAGGGAGGUGGGUGGAGCUGCCCCCUCGGCCGACGCCGGCGCCAGUUAACAGAUAUAGCCGCACCGCAGGUCUGGCCUUUGAUCCGGCAGUCUCAUCCCAUUUCCAUGUUAUUCAGUUCGAGGAGACAUACUCGUCGAGCAUGACAGCAGUGAUCAUCUACUCGUCGCGGACAGGAGCCUGGAGCCGCAGGGAUUGUGGGAUCGCUGAGAGAGUAGGCAUGUUCUGCUCUGGUAAAUGCGUCUUUGUUGGCGGUAUGAUGUACGUGAUCGGCAUCCUGGAGCAGUUUGCGUUGGUGGGGGUGGACACGGAGGGGAAAGUGUGGAAGACUAUUAACUUGCCGCGUGUCGGGCCGACAUUUGGCACGAUUGGAUCAUCGCAGGGUUGCUUACACUAUGCUAUUGCUUCCGUCGAUGAUAACGAUAAGAUCCUGGAUUCUGAGAUAUCACUCUGGUGCCUCAAGGAUCACGACAGUAAAGAAUUGGUCCUGAAACACACUGCCAGCAUUGAUAAGCUUAUGAGCACAACGGGGCUGGGGUACAGGGUUGUUGCGAUUCAUCCAGAUUGCGGCACCGUUUUCCUGGUUUCACGCCGAGGAGAUACCUUGGUAGCGUACGAUAUGCAACGUCAGAGAGUUGGUUGUAUCCUUAAUCUUGAGAAAAACAAUAUACAACAAUUUCUACCGUAUGUUCCUCUAUUCUCAGAGCCAUUAGCAGGUGCUGAUGGGCAGUAGUUUCUUUUACCUUCAGACCACCCUUGUGCUUCCUCGAAGAAAUGGCUCUUCUGUGGGCUGAAGAAUUUAUCUGUGCACUUUGGAAUCUAUUUGAAUCAUGCUUCUCAGUUUGCUGGUGCUUACAAUCCUGCUUGCUUGAUUUCCAGCUCAGAGCAAUGCUUGGUAAACCUACAGAUUAUGCAUCAUGGCAUUCUGAAAGAACGUUGUUACCCUUGUUCUUAUUUGUCUAGCACUGGAUGUUAUUCUGGACAUGUAUUAGUUCUACGGGGCUAAAUUGUUAUGUAAUCGGCCUCCUUGUCCAUAACAGAAAGUUAUUAUGAUUAUUAAAUCUUAGUGCAUACUGUCAACCUGCUAAUGUACUAAAAGGUUUAUUCAUACUGGUUGCUGCCUUA